AUGAACUCAGUUGCGAGACGCAUAUCAAGCUUAUUCCGACAGUCAGCUUGCGCAACCGAGCCUUUUAAUGCUCAGCUUCAGCAAAGCAGAGGCAUACGAGCGCAGGUGUAUAAUGGAAACCUGGAAGGGGCACUGGCGUUGAUGCAACGUAAGAUGACGUCGAGUGGGAUCGAGAGGAUGAUAAAGAUUGAACAGAGGUUUCAUAUUAAGAACUCUGAGAAGAGGGUAUUGGCGCAAAAGAAUUUGCAGCGUAGGCUUUGAUCGCAAGAUCUUGCUAGGAAACUCAAGGCCAUUAUGAUCAAGAA